ACUGGCUUAGGUUAAAGCAUAUCAUUUCGGGCAUUCAAAGAAACAGUAGUGCAAAGCCAAAGAUUAUUGCAAUCAUGUCGAAGUUCACUUGCAUCGUCCUCUGUGUUGUGGCUGCCAGCCUCACCAAGAAUACCCAUGCUGCUAUAUCCGAAGAAGAAAAAGAGGCAUUCCGUGCAGCAAUGGCGCCCAUAUUAGCAGAAUGUUCUGAAGAACAUGGUGUCAGCGAGAAGGAUAUUGAAGCAGCGAAGGAAUCUGGCAACGCUGACGAUAUCAAGCCCUGCUUCUUGGGAUGCCUUAUGAAGAAAACUGAAACGCUGGAUGCCAAAGGUCUGUUUGACGCAGAGAAGGGACUUAGCCAGCUCAAGCAAUUCAUUAAGGACGAAGAAGACUUAGCAAAAUUCGAGAAGAUUGGAAACAUCUGCAAAUCAGUGAACGAGAAGGCUGUGAGUGACGGAGAGGAAGGUUGCGAGAGGGCAAAGCUCCUGUUAGCUUGCUUCUUGGAACACAAAGCUGAGAUGCCAUUUUAAGAAAAUCUACCAAUGA